GGACCUUGUGCCUCUGCCUUGCCUCCUCGGAGGAGCCAACCACCGAUGGCCUCACGUCAACGUCCCUGCUGGAGUUUGCCAUGAUGUCCAACCUGGAGGCCAUGAGUUCCCAUGAGCAAACCACCCCGGAGGCUGCGGAGCCCGAUCUUGCCCCUGGCUCUCUGCACGCUGCUCCAGGAUCGGGCUUUGCCAGUGAGGAGAAUGAGGAGUCCAAGAUCCUACAGCCCCCACAGUACUUCUGGGAAGAUGGGGGAGAGCUCAAUGACUCCAGCCUGGACUUGGGACCGGCAACAGAUUACAGCUUUCCUGCUGCAUCGCAGAAGGCCCUGCUGAAAGGGAAUGGGACACAAGUGAAGGACAACUGGGAAACAGCCACUGUCCAGCCGCCAGCAGAAUUUGUUGAGUCUGACUUGCACACGCCUUUCUCCAGCACGCUGGAGGAAGAGGAGGGGCUGCUCCCUAUGGACAACUCAAGAGGAGGAGUAGAGAGCCACCAGACCUCUGGGCCAGAGGUUACAUCUUCUGAACCAGUGGGACAAGAGGACUCCUUCUCCAUUCUGUUCUCCACAGCCUCUGCCAGGCCGGGUGUUGUGACCGAGGCAGCCACGGGAGGGCAAGAAGAGGACUCUGUUCCUCCAGGCUUAGACCUUGGGAGCAGCAUGGGACCAGGUCUUCUGCCUGUGUCCUCUAUUUUUUCUACUACUACUGCUGCGAGGUCUCCCAGUACUUCUGAAGAGCCCUUCGAGGUGACAGCUGGGGACACAUGGGCUGUUGGGGGAGCAGAUUCGGAGCUGACUGUGACUACCACAAGAGCAGAGCUUGCAGAGACCACGGUAGAGGCUGGUGGGGAAGCGCAUUCAGCCAGAGAGGAGGUCUCGGAGACCACGGUGGGAUGGGAGAUGCUGGAGCCCACAGUGCUAACGGAAGCGGAGCAGACCGUGGAAAUUCCUGGGGGGACACCCUCUCCUGGAGGCAGCUCCCCAGGCACCCACGCUCUUUCUGGCAGUGAGCAGCACCCUGCUUCUUCUGUGUCUCCGUGGGACGGGGCUGGCAAGCCUGUGCUGGAUCCCAUUUGGAAUGACACCGAGUCAGCCACUGAGACUGCGGCAACAGAGAAGAGCUUGUCACCGCAGGCUGGGGAUGCCCGCAUGGCCAUGCUGCCGACAGAGCUGCCCUGGGACUCGGCACAGGUGAUCUGCAAAGACUGGAGCAACCUUGCGGGGAAAAACUACAUCAUCCUGAAUAUGUCGGAUAACAUUGACUGU